AUGCCGAAAGGAAUACUGUUAAAAGUUCCAGGCUAUGAGAAAUUUAGAGAAAGAGGGCUUCAAUUUCGGGCUGAAUUGACUCAACUCUUUGGGUCUAUAGUUGCGACUGGACCACAGUCAUGGGCACCUUCUUCCAUGACACUUCCAAGCGAAGGAGUUCCUGAAAAUGAUAUGGAAGAAGGAUCUGGAGAUAGUGAUGAAAUUUUGGGGGCACCAACUGGCAUAAGCGGGGAGUUUAAUUCAGUCACAUUCAAUGACAAUAGUGGAGGAAGUGGAGGCAACACUGGAAUGAGACAGGAAACCAUUCGUGGGGGUAGAAGCACAGGUGGCAGUUGA